GAGAAAGUAAGAGAGAGGGGGAGUCAACCGGGACGACGAUGAGCUCGACGUGAAGCGCGUUCACGAUGCUCUAAUUAAAAAAAAAAAAGCCAGACCAUCCCUGCCUCUUCUCAACCUUUUUAUUUUUGAAAGCAUCAGACUUGUUUUUUGCUCCUCUUUUUACUGUUAGUGACAACGAGGAGGAGGAGAAGACGACGUCUACACGCAGGUGCGACAGCGUCUGAAGCGCGAAAGGUGGGGGCGGCAGAAUGCCGGAGCAAAGCAACGACUACCGCGUGGUGGUGUUCGGGGCGGGCGGCGUGGGGAAGAGCUCCCUGGUGCUGCGCUUCGUCAAGGGCACCUUCCGCGACACCUACAUCCCUACCGUGGAGGACACGUACCGCCAGGUGAUCAGCUGUGACAAAAGCGUGUGCACGCUGCAGAUCACAGACACCACCGGCAGCCACCAGUUUCCCGCCAUGCAGCGCCUGUCCAUCUCCAAGGGACACGCCUUUAUCCUGGUCUACUCCAUCACCAGCAAGCAGUCGCUGGAGGAGCUCAAGCCCAUCUACCAACAGGUGCUGGCCAUCAAGGGCAACGUGGAGGCCAUCCCCAUCAUGCUGGUGGGCAACAAGAGCGACGAGACCCAGCGCGAGGUGGACACCAAGGACGGCGAAGCUCAGGCCAGUCAGUGGAAGUGCGCCUUCAUGGAGACGUCGGCCAAGACCAACCACAACGUGACCGAGCUCUUCCAGGAGCUGCUCAACCUGGACAAGAAGCGCAACAUGAGCCUCAACAUCGACGGCAAGCGCUCGGGGAAGCAGUCGCGUGCCGAGAGACUGAAGGGCAAGUGCAGCGUCAUGUAAAGGACCGCAGGAAUCCCCCCUUCGUCGGCAUCCAAUACCGCGGAAGGUCCUGCCCGCCCGCCCGCCGCGUAGACAAACUAGAUAUAAAAGAGCUUGUUUUUUUCCUGUGAGGUGGGAGAGCAUGAACGCCACACAAGAAGGAUGUAAAUAAACCUCAUUUACAAGCGCAUCUCACCCAAACAUGAUGACGUCAAAAAUCCUCUCUCCUCAUCCACCACAUCACGUCAAGCAGCGAUCCUUUUAAGAUUGGACAGAUGACUUGGUGUCGCCUCGCUUGCUUUUUCAACCAGAAAGAGAAUCCAAGGGAAGGAUAUUUUGCAGAGAAGGUCAAGAAUGUCCAGGUUUUUUUUCCGCUUUAAAUCAAAUCAUACGAAAAAAAACAAGCACACGAGAGUAUAACAAAAAUAGAGAUGGAUGUAUUUAUUUUCUUUGGGCAAGCUAAAUCAGUCAUUUUUCUUUUUGUUUCCGCCUUUCACAUUCUUCAACAUGUCAUUAAUUUAUUUCAUAAAGAGGCCCUUAACCCUUUAUAAGGCAAGUGUCUAAUUUUAGUCAUAAAAAGAAGAACUUAACCCCUGGCGCAAGUCACCUUUUGGGUCAAAUAGGCCACAAUAUUUACAUUUGCUACAAAAUUUGAAUUCCACAUAUGUGGACAGUUGGUCUCAAUUAAAAUGAUAUAUUUUCUUAUUAUUAAACCCUUGAUGCCUAUUGGUGUGAAAAAGUCACAUACCUGAUCAAAGCAUUCUAAAUGUUUUUUUUUGUUUGUUUUUCAUUUUUUAGCAUAGAUCCCUGUUUUCCCUAAUUUGCAUCAUAAAUAAAAUGAUAUAAACUAGGAUAGGCUCCAGCACCUCCGCGACCCUCGUGAGGAAAAAGCGGCAUGGAAAAUGAAUGAAUGAAUAAAAUGAUAUACCGUAUUGGCCCGAAUAUAAGAUGCUGUUUUUUGCAUUGAAAUAAGACUGAGAAAGAGGGUGUUGUCUUAUAUUUGCGGUCGACGUCAUACCCAUUCACGACGCUAGAUGGCGCCAGAUAUCAUUGAAGCGAUGUUCUGUCAUGACAGAUCUCAGCUACUCUCCCCAUUCACGACGUUAGAUGGCGCCAGAUAUCAUUGAAGCGAUGUUCUGUCAUGACGGAUCUCAGCUACUCUCAAGUUUAACCAGUUUGCAUUAUUUUAUUGCAAUGUUUGUCCUUAUUCAGAUUUGUUUCAAGACUAUAGUUACAGUUAGACUUCACUUUGGUGGUUAAUGCAGUUAUUGCAAUUUUGUUGUUUUAUCACAAUAGAAUGGUUUAUUUACAUUUCAAAAACCAGAAGCCAUUCAUUUACGAAUGUGAGUGCACUUUAGUUUACAUAUUUAAAUGUUCAGCUAUUAAGAUUUGAAUGAGGUAAAAUAACAUGCUUUUUCUCUCUCAAAUAUCUUGUUAUAAUCAUCUUUUUCGGAUGUACUGUAAUUAUUUUCUGUAUAAAAAAUAAUUUGGUGUUCAAAAAGUCUUUUUUCAAACUUGAGUCUUGAAAAAGAGGAGGUCGUCUUAUAAUCAGGGCCGUCUUAUAUUUGGGCCAAUGCGGUAUAUGUUUUAUUAUUAUUCCUAUUUUUGAAAUCAUUUAAUUUUAUUCUCAUUAAUUUAUCAUCAUUAUUUUAGGGUGUGUUUUAACUUUCUCAGCUUGAUUUAGCUUCUACUUGAAAGCAAAAACAGAAAUUUUGGCGUCAAGGGUUUAAUCGAUAUUUUUAAAACCAUUUUUGUGUGAAUAAAUAAAAUUAAUUAAUUUUUAAAAUCCUGACAAAAGUAAUACCUUUAAAGCAACACUAGGUACCUUUUCAAGAUUUUUUUCUAAACAUUUGACACCUCUUUUAUCGCUUGAGAGGGUCUGUAUCGCUUUCCCCGGCACUAAUUAACUUUGAGGAAGGUAGCAGGAACUUUGCCACACAAAUAAAAAACUACAAAUGUGCUGACGGCAUUACGGUAUACGUCACUUUCCCCUUUCUCUAUUCGUUAUAAAGACGGAAGUCUGCAAAGAUGGCAGAGCAACAAAAUAGACAAAAAGUUUUGUCUGAGGAGGGGAAAAAAGGGAGGGUACUAAGAUAUACAGAAUAAACAUUGGCCCAGAUUUGAUGCCCCCCCCCCUCAAACGAACUCGUCAGCGUUGACGAGUCAUAUGCUAUUGUUUAGCCUCAUUGCCUUUUUACUAUUCAUCCUUCACACAGCUGCUAGAAACAGAAAUGUAGUUUAUUCCACCUGUGGACGACUGGGAGAUUGAUUUUUGAUUGAAUGAUGAUUUUACGACACUGUGCGGGUGUGCGCUGGUCCUCAUGGGAAACACUACCACUUCUGCCCAUCGGCGUCACUAAAAUCGACCAAAACUGAAAAGUUACCAAGUGUUGCUUUAAAUAGAAAAAAACAGAAAUAACACUUCAUAGUUUAUUUAAUUUCAUAGGAUGGAAGUUAUUUUCUGCCAUUAACAACGAUAAACACCAUGAAUGCUAAUGUUUCAGGUCCAUUGACGAAGCAAGACAUCCAAUUAAUUUUGACUUCAUUCACCCCGCCCUGUGUAAAUUAAUUGGACGUCUCGAGCCGCCAUCGGUCUCCAGUGGGUGCUCUAUAAAGGGUUACGUAAUUUAAACGGCUCCAUUUAUUUGUAGCCAAUUUCUCUCACUUGUCAUAUACUCAAAAGUCCACUUAACACACCCAGCAUAGCACUUUAUGACAUGAACACAUCAUUUACAUACAUUGUGCACGCGCUGCCCAUUGCCACACAAGAAGCACAAUACUUUGGACCUUUAAUACUUUUUUUUUUGCUUUGCCUGUACUUUUCUGCACCUUUCUUUCACCCGAGGAACAAUCACAAUCACUCUCCCGUCCAAUGAGGUUGUGGUUCUGCUGAACAACAGGGUAUAUCAUAUGUAUAUUAGGGGUGUAACGACACAUUGAUUGGUGAAGCAGCAAGCCAGUCAGAUGGACUGAAAAGCAAACCGUCGAUCAACAUCGACAAAAUGGUCACAAACGUCCAAAUUGCGUUGUACUGUACAUAAUAUUAAAUUAAAUAGAUCGAAGGCCCUUGGAUUGAAUCAAACACUCAAUGUUGUACCGUCAGUUUGGAUCGAUACAUUGAUUAGCUAAAAAUGGAAAUCCAUUACAACACAAAAUAUAGAUGAACAGGGUCUAUUAAAUAUGCCGCUUUGCUCAAAAGAAUUGUAUGAAAAGUUUCAGCAACAAAAUGGUCAAAAAAUGUCAAAAUUGACUUGUAUUUUUUAUUGGUUUAGAUAAAAUGCAACAGAUUGUGUUAAAUGUGAGCAUUACGUCGUAUUAAAACGAUCAAAUGCACGUGAACUGAAUCGUGGCUGAUUUUUUAAUAUCGGCAAAUUCUGUGUCCUUUUUUUGAAGAGUCAAUAUCAUAUCGUCAUGGAAUCGAUGAUUUCCACCCCUUGUAUAUAAAGGUGGUGUCUAGCUUUUGAUAGAUUUGACGUGAUUUCAAGCUGCAACUUUACAUUGAGUUGAUCUUAUACAUGACCUUUUUCAGAAGGUUGUUUUUGAGCAAAUUAAGAGAAAUGUUUUACAAUAGAGUUUUUGUAAAAUAGCAAUAGAAAAUACUGUAUAGUCAAUCAGUUGGCUCAAAAGUUCUGUUGUUAAAAAAGAAAAAAACUUACUUCUAUCAUAGACGCCACCAUUGUCAGGGAAGCUCAAGUUUGAACUCCCAAGACAAGUGUUACCUCGAUAGCUAGAUUAGAGAAAUAAAUACGACCCCAGCCAUGGAUUGAUUUUCUUUAUGUACAAGAGCUCUCGGGUACAGACACGGAGUAACGCACAAAGCGCCUCUCCGCAUGUGGACAAAAGAGAAAUACAGGGCACACCUCUAUUUAUGGGUUGGCACCAUACAAACAAAACCAAAAACUUAGUAAAAACAUCUCAAGUUACAGAAAAAUAUCUCUCAUAGGGGGAAACUAUCUUAAGCUAUAACCUUGAAUCACCAGCUGUGGCCAGGAUGAAGUUUGAUAAACCACAGUUGCCACAUUGUAUUCAUUCAGGGCAUAUUGGAAAACAACAGGAAAAUAAAAGUCCAUAUUUGGGCAUACUGUGAUACAGUCAAGGCUACACUCAACAGAUUGAUGUAACUGAUGCUCAAUGUUCUCAAGCAAGUCAUCAAAAGCAUACAAAAUAUAACGUAUAAUGGUUGUGUUUUAAGCAUCAAUAAAAUUCUCUCACAACCAUCAGUUGACAAGACAACUUCCACAGACAUUACGCCACGCCUUCGCGUAGGGGGCCGACUCAGGCAGAACGUCGAGUUAGCUUUCACUGUGAUAAACUCAAACACACGCUGCGUUCUAACACCGGAUUUAUAGGUGGAAGUCGUACGAAGGUUUCACUUCAUACAAGCAGGCAGGAUUGUCUCAAGAGUGAUUUGGUCGAAGAUUCAAGCUAAUUAUUAUAUUAAAUAGCACCAUGCAUGCACUUUGAAAUGUUAUGGAAAAAAAAAAAUCAAUGGAUAAAAUUUGUGUAACUUUGGCUUAAAAUAUUUACGUAAAAUGAACGAUAACUGCCAGUUUUUUUCAGUUUUUUUUUUUUUUUUUGCUUUUAACCAAGAAUGUAGACUGUUUUACGUUCAUACUAUAGAAAUUCCACAAUUUCUGCAAAAAGUUUCCACUUAAAAAGGUCUUUGGUUCGUGACGGCCGCCAUGUGUGAUUAUAAAAUACCGUAACUUUCGCUUGGAAUAUUUACGUAAAAUGAACGAUUACUGCCCGUUUUUUGUUUUUAACCAAGAAUCUAGACUGUUUUACCUUCAAAUCUAUAGGAAUUCCGCAAUUAAAGCAUUUAUUUACAAGAAUUUUCAACUUAAAAAGCCCUUUGUUUCAUGACGGCCGCCAUAUUGGAUUAUACAAUACCGUAACUUUCGCUUGAAAUAUUUACGUAAAAUGAACAAUAACUGCCCGUUUUUUGCUUUUAACCAAGAAUCUAGACUGUUUUACGUUCAAAUCUAUAGAAAUUCCGUGAUUAAAGCAUUUCUUUGCAAGAACUUUCAACUUAAAAAGCUCUUUGUUUUGUGACGGCCGCCAUGUUGGAUUUUGUAUCUCUACACAAUAGCGGAAUUCAACUUAAAACUUGUGAUUGUAUAUAGAAAAAUGAAAAUUUUGCUUUUGUUGAGUAAAAUUAAGAUGAUUCUACAUGCUUUCUUCAAGCGUUAAGUUUCUGAUGUGAAAGUUGAGUGAUUUAUUAGCUGUUGUAAACUUGCACUAAAUCAGAAAAGAUUUAAGUUAGUAUUUUGGGAAAAAAAAACCUAUAUGUUAAAUACUGCUAUUGAUCCUAAAAAAUAUCGGUGAUUAUCUCUGCAUUUGGUGACUUUCAUGCAUCUAGUGUAAAAUGUGAUAAUUUUAUAGCCAUUUAAAUUUUGUUAUGUAUGUAACGUAUAAAAAAAAUAAUGAAUCAGGAUUUUAUUUGGGAACGACUUUUAAUUUUUUGAUGUCGCUGCUCAUGGAGACUCAUAUAUGUCUAAGGGAGGUGGCUCUUGUGGUUUUAGGUUGCUGGCGUUUUUGUUUUGAAAAUAUUUGAAUUUUAAGUUUUUGAAUGUAGGCCCCUAUGGAUCGGCCCCGAGCCCCGUGUCACGUCAACUCAUAGUCUCUUUGCUUCAGUCCAACUAUGAGGAUAUUAUUUACAUCAAAAACAUUCAAAUGUGACGCCAAUGGGUGCCGACACAUCUGACAAAGCACAUAGUUCUUUAGAAUUGUGAAAUGAGGACACCCUUUUUGCGUCCAAAUAUACAUUUCCGAUAAAAAAAGCAGCUGUGUGUGUUGCACUCCAAUUUAGUAGCCUGCACAGGGUUAGCUGAGCUGUCACAUUAUCUGCUACUUCUCUUGAGGAGGAGGAGAGUUGUGCUCCCAUGGAAGGAACAGUGCACAUGUCAGCGAAUGGGAGGUGCUAUACAUUAAAGGCGGUGCCAGGCAUUUCAUCAGCUCCAACCGACAAACAAGAGAUUUGACGAUUUCUCGAACAUACGUGAUUGGUUCAGAAAUCCAUUCCGAAUGUAUUUUUAAUCAGGGAAUGACCAAAUAGUGUGAUUAAAACCUAAAAAAAAAGCCAAAAAGAGCGGUAUUUUAAAACCAAACCGGAUAAUAAUUGUCUUUAAAAUACAAAAAUGCACAUAUAUGUACAUAUUAGUGUUGUAUACCAUCAAUUCCAUGACAAUAUAAUAUUAAUUCUAUGGAAAACGAUACAAUAUUUACAUGAAUUGCCACGAUUUUAGGGCCUUCAAUCAAUUUAAUACGAUAUGAUGUACACAUUUAACACAAUCAGUUACUUUUCACCUAAAGUAAUAAAAAAAUACAAAGCCAUUUUGAUGUUUUUGACAAUUCAGUUGCUGAAAUUCACAUAUUUGAUUGAAAACAUUCUUUUAAACAAAAUGGCAUAUCUAAAAAAUAUUGAUAAAUGUUUAAUGUUUUGAUCGAUUUAAUUAAAUUGUGUUUAACUUAUAUCGAUCCAGAUUGAGUAAUCGCUAGACCCCUAUAACUGUAUGUAUACAUACACAUUAAUGCUGUCAAAAAAGUAAAACUAUGAACUUUAAUUUACUUUGACAGCACUAAUAUACAGUAUAUAUCAACAACAGGGUAUACAUAUGAAUUCAAUAUGUAUAUGAAUAUAUAUAUAUAUAUACAAGGAUAAACUGUACAUAUAUACAUAAAUAAUAUACAAUAUAUGUAAGAAGGACACACUCACCCUCAAAUAACACUAAAAAGACAAAAAGCACAUCUCUUUAGCACUGUACAUGUGCAGCAGAAUCAACAUGAAAGGAUAAAAAUGGUUUCCCCAUUGGCGGGAAGGAAGCUGGAAGUCGAACUGUACUGUAAUCUAUAUACACUGCUUGUAUCUAUAACUGCUUUGGACGCAUUUCACGGUCAUUUCAAUUUGAAAAAUGUUGAUUUCUUUCCUUGGACGUGUCGUAUUUUUGCACUACAAUGUGAGGUCCUGUUUGAAAUCUGCGUUGUUCUAAUAGAGCAGGGUUUCCCAAACGUAUAGUACCAUUGCUGAAACAUCCACAGUAAGGAUUUAUUGUUAUAGACGUACCUUUAUUUGUUAGAAACCAGGGAUGCUCAGAUGUAUUUAUUACUUAUAAUGUUUUGAAAACUGAAAAAGAUCCGGUCAGGUAAAUUACCUUAAUUACUAGGGGUGUAAUGAGACAAUGAUCUGGAUGGAUACAUUGAUUCGGUAAACAAUGAUUCAAUCAAAUUGAAAAAAAAAAAAAAACGCGAGGGACUAUUUUCAUUAAUUAGGAGAAAAAAAAAAAAAAUGAACGUUCAUUUGCCCAUCCCGGUCAAAGUAGAUUGGAUCAAUAAACAUUUGCUCUAAUGGAGACCAUUGUUUUUGACCAAAAACUUCCCAUUAAAAGCCAUUGACAUGUUGGUUCAUACCUUUGCCUAUUUAAUCAUUCGCAUUUCAACACAUUCCUUCCAAAAAAUUACACUUUUCACAUGUACGUGCUUUUGACCAUGACAAAGUGCCCCAAAAUUACGGACUAGCAUAAAAGCAUUCCCACGUUAUUUCUCCAGAAAUUACAUUUUGUAAUUUAGAAUGCCUUUUUGUUCAAAAGAAUGAUUUUCAUUCAUAUAUUGGAAAUGUUUCAGCAACAAAAUGCUAAAAAACAAUUUUUCAAAAUCACUUUUUUCAAAAUCAAUUUUUCAAAUCAAUGUAUUUUUUAAUGCUUUAGGUCAAGGGUCUCAAACUCAAUUUAUUUGAUAGGCCACUUUUUCAGGGAUUCUCUAAAAAGGGACGAUGGUUGCUAAUUCACUUUGGGUAACUAGUUGAGCUAUGUUAGGCUAUAAGAGAUUAAUAAAAUAAUAAUAAUUUUGAAAAAGCAAAGUAAAAUACAUAUGGGCCACACCUUUUCAAAACUGUUUAUUUUUCAUUCUUUAACUUUAUUGUAUUUUUUUCUUAAUUUAAUUUGAAUAAUUUGAUUUUUUUCAGAAUAAUUUAUUUAAUGUAUAUUAUUUGCUUUUUAAAUGUAUUUUAUUAUACUUCUCUUAAAUUUAUUAUUUUUAAUAUAUAUUCUAAAUGUUUAAAUUGCUCUUUUUUUUGUAAAUGAUGUUUAUAUGUAUAUAUUUUUUUGCACCCCACGGCAAAUUUGCAGUGGCCCUGAAGUUCAAAACACAACGCAACGGCAAAUCAAAAAAAAAAACAGCAUAUUCAAAAAUUAAAAUGGAAAAUUCAAAAAUUAAAAUGGCAAAUUACAAAACAAAACGACAAAUCAAUAAACAGAUCAGCAAAUUAAAAACCACAACAGCAAAUCAUGAAACAAAAGGGUAAAUUAAAAAACAACGGCAAAUCACAAAACGGAAUGGCAAAUAAAAAAUAAAAAAAACAACGACAAACCAGAAAACACAACCGCUAAUUAAAAAAAUAACGACAAAUCGGAACAUACAACGGCAAAUCAAAAAACUAAAUUACAUUAACGAACUGGAUAAGGUAGGUAUCAGUCAAAAAGUACACUCAUCGCUGAUUGAAUGAAUCUCCCGUCAAGGCUACUAAAAAUAUUCAUGUAGAGCAGAAGCCACGUUUACAUUUUUGGUCAUCUUCAUUUUCAAAUCCCACGGCAGAAGCGGAAUAACAUCCUAGUUAAUCGGGACCUACCCUUUCUGGUAGAUUUGCCCAAUCAGCGUUGAGUGUACCUUUUGACUAGUACCAACCUUUUCCGGUUCCUUAAUAUAAUUUUGUAUUUUGAUUUGCCAUUGUGUUUUUAAUUUUGUUUUUUAGUUAUGUGAUUUGCUGUUGUGUUUUUGAAUUUGCCGUUUCGUUGUUUAAUUUGCCUUUGUGUUUUGAAUUAGCCGUUCUGUUUUUCGUUUUUCUGUUGUGUUUUGCACUUCAGGGCCACGGAGCCGCCCUAAUAAUACAAUUUAAGGUCAAACUGAGGCCGCAAUAUAUUAUCUUAUGGGCAGCAAUUUGCCCACGAGCCGCAAGUUUGCGAACGCCCCUUUUAGGCGAUAUGUAAGAGUGUUGAAUCUGUACAGGCCCUUGAAUUGAAUCAAACCAUUGCAGACUAUCGACAAAUACCGUUAUUGUCUAAAGAAUCAUAAUGAAAUAGUUGAUAUACACCCCUAGUAAUUAGUAGGUAAACCUACUUAUUUGUGUCUUAUUCAACUCAAUGGCUGCCACUUAUGGCGAUAGUCGUCCAUUCCAUUUUGACUGGGAGGGGGCAAAUAUAUGUUCAUUUGCCCCCUCCUGUCAAAAUGAAUUUGACAUCUAUCGCCAUCAAUGGCAGCUUGCGAGUGAACUGUUGCGUUUCUGUUGCACUUUAUCUUCUCUGUUUGCACGCCGGAUUGUUGGCAGACGUCGUGCUGACGUGUUUGUCGUGUGGGUGUGAGGCUAUGAAUAGGAAAAGCCUGCACACACCUGCCAGUUUAUACUAUAUUGCCUAUUUUAGUAGUUAAAACAAGUGUUGCACCGAUACCAUUUUUUUGUUCCCAAUACCAAUUCUGAUACUUGGCUAUUGGUCAAUACCGAUACUGAGCCGAUACAUGUUUUUUGAAGAAAAUAUGCAAGAUAGUUCAAUUUUUUUUUUAAAUUAAUGCCAUGGUUAGAGACUGCUUAAAAACCUUGGUGAAACAGGAAAAAAACUAAUACAAACUUUGUGAGUGUUGUUAGCUUAGCCCAUGUUCUAGUAGACGAAACAAGUUCCUAGCCUACCUUUCCCCAUUUUACCUCCAUCUUUUUUUAUUUUUUUAAAUAGUCAGUCGAUGCCAUUAUACCACAUUAAUACAUUAGCUUAGCUCAUGCGCUAAUCACUUUUGCUCAGACUGCACAAGUUUGCUAGCCUACUUUUUCCAGUUUUGCCUCCUUCUAACAAAUCUAAUAUAAUUAUAGAUGCUCAUGUCAAUGUCAGUGUUCAUAAAAUAUUCAAUCCUGGCUGGUAUUGCCGUUUGACAUGUACUUUUAUCUACUGUUUACGCGCUACCAUCGGAAAUAUGACUCUGAAAUGAGCAGAAUAAAAACUCCUCUCUUUAGCUCAAAACAUCAAAGGACUUGACUUAUUUUCCAUUUUACCCCCCAAAAUAUUCAACGACUUUUAGCUAUUUUUUUCUACCUUCAGUGUUUUUCUUUUUUCUUCUUCAGCAAUGUUGGUAAUGGGCGGCCAUAUUGGUACAAUUGACAAGCACUGCUUUUUUUUAUAGCGGUGUUCGUAACCGUAGCCAUCAUCAGGAGGAUAACACAUGUAUGGAAACUUAACAUUGACGAUACAUAUUGCGCAGCAUUGACGCAUUAUUUUUGAGUACUCGCCAAUACCGAUACCUGCAUUUUAUGCAAUACUAUUAUCGGCAUCGGUGCAACACUAGCUAAAACCUUAAAUACAGUACACUUUUAUCCCAAAACACCAUUUCCAACUCAUCUUAAAGGGCCUAGAACAAAAUUUCCCAAACGUAAUGCAAAAUACGGUUCUCAUUUGUCAUGAAUAAGCCACAUACACUAUCCGUCCUUAUACACUCAGCCUCCUACUUGCGUGCAUGGGCUUCUGCGCUGUCGUUGGCAUGAGUCACCAACACGCCCACACGCGUGUACAUGGCGGUAUCAGUGAACCGAUUCAUUGCAAGGCUCCUCACAGAGAUCCCAUUUUUGCUUUGUUUUUUACUGAAAUUCAACGUGGGUCGCAUUGCUUAAAGGUCCUUGUAGAUAGCUGUAAAUAAAUAGUGGAAGGUUGAAUGAGCAGAGUUUGAGGGAAAAAAAGGUUGACCGUGAGGGGGAAGUGCAUUGCUGUUAGGCCGAAAUAAAAAAAGGCCAAAAAGAUCAGUGUCACAUCAAAAUGGGAGGGAUACUUUUUUUUAGCCGAUCACAAGUUUCAUAUAUAAAUGUGGUAAAUUUCGCGUUAUUGUCACAUUUUAGUGUGAUAAAUUUGAUGUUAACCCUUCCAGGAACAGUAGACAUCUAUUCAAAAGUUAACACUAGCUUAAUUCUUUGACUGUGUGAGUUCACUGAGUAUGUGUUGUGGUAGUUAGUAAAAGAGGGAAAUUGAUAUUUAAAACACUCAUUGACGACUACAGACGUCCAAUAACAUCCCCAGAGCAAAAUACACACGAGCCAUAUUUAGUUGAACUUAUGUGUGAAAUUGUUUUCUUUUGUUCCCCAAUUUAUAAUUACCGUAAUUAACAGACUAUAAGCCGUUACUUUUCCCCCCUCAUUUUGAAUCAUUCGGCUUAUAGUCCAGUGCAGUUUAUUUGUUGAUUUAUUUGGGUUAAUAGGUAACACUUCAUUUGACGGAUGCAUCAUCAGACUGCCAUUCAUGGGCAUUAAUGGAUGCUUAUGACAGAUGUCAUUAAGUAUUAUCCGGCAAAUUAUGUAACUCCAUUUAUGUCCAGCUCUGAUCUUUUACAUCCAUUCAAAAAGUGAGAUCAUGGUCAUAAUUAUGAUGAUGUCUUAUGACAGUCGUAUGGCGCCACUGUUAGAUAAAGUGUUACCAAAUACUAUAUCUAGCAUUUAAUGAAACAACUGAAACAGUAACUGAAGAAAUAUUUAGCACAGAACAUAAAUUUUGAUUGUGAUUUACGUACAUCUGUAGUGGUGCAAUGCAUGCUAGGAAGCACGUUGAAUGACAACUGUGUUGACAGCAGGUGGCAGCAGAGGUUGACUGUCUCCACCAAGGGAGUGAUGAUGGCCAAAUGAAGCUUCUUGAAGCUUUGCAGCAAAUUGGUUCAAAGCUUCAUGGUGGUUCAUUUGGUCUUAGACAGUCUUGUGAUGCGGCUGUCACUUAAAGUUUUACUGGUUAAUAACUUUGGUGUAAAUAUCCAAUAAUACAGUAAGGAUAGCUGCGGCUUAUAGUCCGGUGCGGCUUAUAGUCCGAAAAUUACGGUAUUUGUUUUGACGUUUUAAUUCAUUUUUAAAAUUUAUUUUAUUUUAUCUAGAAUCAUUCUUUUUUUUUUUUUUAAUUAUUAUUUUUAUUAUUUUUCAAAGAAAAAUAUUUUGCGGUGUUUUGCAAUUAGCAAUAAAAAUAUAUUUUAAAAAAUGAAAUGAAUAAAUGAAGGGUCCAUUUUGAGGAAAAUGGUUAUUUAAAUAGUAGUAAGUAAAAAAAAGAAUUUAAAAAAGCAAUGAGUAAUAAAAAAAUGCAAAAAAAAAAAAAAAAAAAAUCUGGAAAAAAUAACAUGGAAAAAAAUAAUACUUUAUGAAAUAAAUUAAAACAAAUUGUAAUAAAUUGAAAAAAGAAAAAUAAGAAUAAUAAAGGCAUAAACUCAAAUAAGUGUGGGCUGUGUGUAUUUUGCUCUGGGAAUAAAAAAAAAAAAAAUCUGCAAUUUUCACAUAACUUAACUCUUUAGCUGCCAUUGACGACAAUAGACGUUCAAUCCAUUUUAAUUGGGAGGAUAUCGAACAAUCACUUCCAGCCCCUCAAAAUUGAAAUGGAUUGGACGUCUAUUGCCGUCAAUCAGUGUUUAGAAUAUCAACUUCCCUCUUUUACUAACUACCACAGCACAUACCAAGGGCGUAGGUUUGGUCUCAACAUUGGUAGGGACGAUAACAGCAUAACCUGCAUGUACACUUUUUGCUGGGGACGGACAUUAAUAAGACCAAACAUAUUGGGGCUACAUUUCUCACGAAUGUGAACCUAAUUAAUUGAUAGGCCAAAUGAUCAAUGAAAAAUAAAGCUGUAUUGACUUAUACUAACAUUCAUAUGUAUUAGUUCUAGUGAUACAUUGUUCGAUUCAAACCUUUGUUUUAAAAAAACUGCUAAAGAAAUAUUUUGAAAACUUCCAGAAUAAAUGUCUGGAUCUUUUUUUUUUGUUUAGAAAAUGUACUUACAUAUUUGAACAGAAUUUAAAUUAUAUUAACAUAUACAAUAAUCUCAUAACUACCCAGGAAUGUAAAAAAUAAACAGUUGUCUUAAUACCACGCAACAUUGUCUGUCUAAAUAAAGAAAUUAAAAACAACUGAAAAAAACAGGUUUUUUCAGUUAGGGAAUACCAAAAAUAAAUAAAAAUAGAACCUUCCUUCAGGUAAAACACUACUGCUUUUGUCCACAAACACAACCAAACUCAACAAAAAAAAUGAAAGCUCCUUUGGGCUGCUUUAAGACCACAUAAAUAGAAUAAAAAUGAAAAUUGGGGAGAAGGGGGUGAACCUCAGUUUACUACAUUUCUCACAGUUUAAUUAACGUUAACAGUAGUAAACAUACUAAAGGACUCUUCUCUCUAAGUAGCUUCCUACUCAAGUUUUGCAGGUUAGCAAAUUCAUACAGGCUAAUGUUAUGCUAACUCUGAUGCAGGUCGGACCUUCAGUAGCAAAAUUAGUGGUGUGUUCCCCACCUCCACAACAUUGACGUCUUUUUACAUUACUUACAGUGGUUGCUGCUGCUGCUGUCUGAAACAAAAUUCUAAUAUCCCUCGUCUUCGAAGGGGGCGGAGGAGGCGGCAUUUUGUCGACAUGUUGUAUUUCUGUCGGGGAUGUGAGUGCGUGUGUGGGGGGGGAGGGGUCAUGUCAUCAGCCAAUUAAACAUGUUUGAGAGAAAAAAAUGCACAUUCAGCAAGUGAAAAGGGGAUAAAUGUCAGCCUGAACAUAAUGAAAGUAAUUCACUUAAUAAUGGUAGGGUCAAUUCUAUCCAUACAACAUAUGGAAAGAAAAUCUAAAUUACCAAUAUAACUGAACUCAUGAUAUAAUGCCAAUAAGAUUGCUUUAAAGUUGGUUGGGACAAUUUGAGCAUCCUGAAAAGUUGGUACUGUCAUGUCCCUACCGUCCCUAUGCAAAUCUACGCCUUUUCCACAUACACCGUGACGUGGUCUGGCAAAGAAUGAGUUAAGAUAACAACUGUUUUAAUGUUAGUUCGCAAUGUGGCACUUUAACGUGAUAAUUUCCAUGUUUUACCUAUCACAUCACGACCUAUUGUUUUGUUUUGCUGAAUGCUAACUUAUGACAUUAAAACAUGAACCUACCACGUUAAGAUGGCAGCCAAAAGUUUUAGCGUAACAGCAAUACUCUACCAUAGGUUAGAAUGAGUGGAAUUUUGCAGCCCGUCGAUUGCGUAUUGGGAAUCCGUAGUUUUUCGGGUCUCUUCUUUUUUUCUUUUUUUUUUGGGGUCCAACUUGCGUGGCGGUCCUCUGGGUUCUUGCUUCCCGCAUGCUCCCCCAUUCUCGGUGUUCCUGCCAGCAUGAGAACAAGGACACAAACUGUGAAUCAUCUUUUGUCUUUUUCUAAAAUUGCAGUGCAACAGGAAAAUAAAUAAAUUAAAAAAUAAAUAAGAUAAAGUGCUUCGGUUUUGCGGAUGAGUUCUUUCGGCACCUCAUGUUUUUUUGUUUUGUCUUCUUGCCUUUUUUUAAAAAAAAAAAACAAAAACAAAAUUUAACUAAUUCUUAUGUAUAGAUAUUUAUUCUAGCAAUAGUCUUCCUAUUAAGAUAUACUGUGCUGAUGCAUCCUCUGAAUAACUGAAAUUAACAUAUACGUACAUUAUAUAUAUAAGUAUAUAUAUAAAUAUAUACAUAUAUAUAUCUAUAUAGAUGAUGAUAAUGAAGAUGAUGAUAAUAAUCAAAUCUGCAAAAUGAUUUUCCUAAUAAAAUUGUGAACUAGAAGCGUGUCGGCUGCCUUUUUUUCAUUGUUGUGAAUCUUCUGCCAUAUUUGCUCAAAUACAGCCUCCCCGACCAUAAACGGCCAUUAUUAUUUUUAUUAUUUCUUUUUUUUUUUUUUUUUUUUACAGUACUAAAAAUGAUCAUUACAAUUUGAAUUGAGAGUAUUAUUUUUCCUGUCAAAAUAUGUUUCAAAUGUGUUUGUUUUUCAUGUGUCGGCUAUCAUUAUAUCCAUUCUAAAUAUCCAGUAUAUUUAUAGGUCAAAUCAGGUGAGUGAAACAUAGACAUUUUUGAGACCUUUCAAAUUGUCUUUAAGUUUCUCAUUUAAAAAUAAGUUUUGGACAACCAUCCUGGUAAAUAAUAAAUAACACUUAAAGAUGAUCCCCUUUUGUCUCAUCAAGUCUUUGAUAAUCAAUAUGCAUGCACUAAGACAUGCGGGUGGAUGUACAAUAAUAAAGGAAAUUGUUCUGUGAGUAAAUGCAGAUUUAAUUUAGCCCUGUGUUUUAUUUUGUAAAUAAACAUGGCGAGACGGGGAGUUAGCUGUAUAGUUAAUGAUAACUUUACUGUAUACAGUUUUUUAUUUAGCUUGAUUUUAAUUUGUUGAAAGAAAAAAAACAUUUCCAGGGUAAUUUUAGGGGUUAAAUUCCAAUACCAUAAUAUUUAAAUUUUUGCAAUGGGCUUUUAAAAUAUUUUUCAAUUAUAAUUAAUUAAUGUGAAUGCAAGAUACUGAGAAUAGAAGGCUCCAUAUGCAUAAAGGGAACAUAUAAAUGUGAGGAUAUAACACUAUUUAUUGUAUUUAGCCUUGAAGCCUGGGACCUAAGCUUGAUGAUUUAAGCAUCUAAUGGCAUCACAAGGGUCAAAAAGAUAAUGGAUAGCACGCUAUUCAGUUAGCCUGCUGUGUCCAUAAUUCUCGCGCUCACGUUCGACUGCAAUUUAUGUCUUUUUGUGGCUUUCCGGUAACUUGAGGUGUGAGCAUGAGCGAGCAUCAUUAAAGACACACUGAUUUUAACAAGAUAUUAUAGCGUAUAACUCAGUGUAGCAUGUAUCACAGAGUGUCAAGACACAGCUGUGAAUGGUCACAGCUGGUCUUUGUGGGAAUUUUGUGGGUGAAACACGGUAAUAUAACAAGGGUCGCGACACAGAAGUCAUGGAUCUGUUAUUUAUCAUCUAAAAUAUUGAAGGAAAUGCGACAGUAACAAAAAAAAAAAUACAAUUAAGCAAUAGUUAUGAGGUAGAUAAUAUCCGUGACCUAUUUACAGACUAUUUUUUUCAUUGUGACGUAUUUGUUUAAAAGUUUGAAACAUGCGAGUGAAUAAUUUUUUUUAAAGCCUUUUUUUUUUCCAACUAAAUAUUAGGCAUUAAUUAAUGACU